AUGCUCAUUAUUGAAUUUGCAGUAAACAUGAUCAAGUGCAACUUGGGAAACUCGCUGGCUCUGACGCUUCUUCUAUUGGCGUUCUGUUGCUCCACAACAAUUGGACGUCUCAAUAAACGAAGCGGUUACCACUACAAACCGCCCGCGGGACCACCACAUGGACCGGCACAUGGCUUCUAUGAGAACAGUAAUACACUUCAUGCCCACGACUUGCCUUCUGGUCCAUCUCACGAGGCGCCCAGCGGUCCUUAUUAUGAAUACAAACCGUCGCCGUCAAGUGGCCAUACACAUGGUGGAGGUGGAGGUGGCGGCAGUAGCAGCAGCAGCAGCGGUAGCAGCAAGUCUGGUUAUAGCAUCGGCAGUGGACUGCGUUCCAUAGCACAGGGCUCAGCAAACCAGGCAUAUACUGCUGUCGCUAAUCAACACGCUGCCGCCAAGCAGGCAGCUUUCAUUGCUAAAAAUACUUUAGCACAGGCGGCUACACAAGCGGCAGCCACAGCACAAGCCGCGCUCGCUGGAAAAAAGGUAAUACUCCAAGAAUUGGAACAACAGGCAGCCGAGGCGCAACGUUCACUAUCACGUGAAUUGGAACAGUUGAAAUCAGCAAAGAUUGCUGCGCAGCUUGCUCAACAAACCGCGCAAUCGGCCAAUCACCAUGUUUCGGUGCUUAUAGCGGCAGUGAAUAAUGCGAAAUCCCUGGCUGAGCAGGCCGAGCAAACAUCCAGUGAGGUGGCAAAUCAAUUGGCCUCUCAAUCCUCAAUGGUUGGUCAAGCAAAAAGUCGCGCAGAGCAAGUGGAGGAGCAAUUGAAGCAAGCGCGUAUCGAUUACGAGGCAACGAAGGAGGCCACACUGAAAGCUGCAUCAUCAGCCGCCGAAGCGCAAGUGAAUGCCUCAAAGGCGGCAGCGCAUGCCACAAUUGGAUUGCAUGAGAGCACUCAUAACAAUCCGCCAAGUGCGGAGGCCGAUGAGUCGUCGUACGAUAUCGAAACGACUGGUCUGGGACAUGAGAUACAAUAUGAGUCACAUGAUGUCCAUCGACAGUAA